ACAAGCAUUUGUCAGCUGCUCAAGGCAUAUAGUCAAUACUUAUGUAGCAAACAAAUAUUUAUAAAUAAUUACUACUAAAGUAUUCCAAUGUUUUGUAUUUUAAACAAACCAUCGAAGUUUGAAGAAUAUUCUCGAUAUAGUGAAAAUUUUCAUUAGAUUUUUCAAAUGGCAUCUCCAAGAGCAACUAUAUCAAUUAUUAAAUGUCUUUCUCCACAAAAAAUUCACAAUGUGUCUAGUAUUAGACAAGCUUUAAGUCCAAAGUCUCCUGCAACAAAAUCAUUUAGGCAAACUUCAAGUCCUAAGACUCCAAUCAGAAACUCAUUAAGUGCAGAAAAUAUUUUGAAUGGUCUUCAAUCUCCGAUUUUUAAAAUUGACACUCCAUACAAAAGAAGGAUUGUCAAUGAAGGUUUAUUAGAUGAGUGUCGCACAGUGCUUGGGAAUGGAGCUUUUGGGACAGUUUAUAAAGCAUCUUAUAAAGGUAAGGAAGUAGCAGCUAAGGUAAUAAAGAAUAAUAAAAGGAUAGACAGUUCUAUUGACAUGGAAAAAGAAGUAUCUUUUUUAAGACACUCCAAUAUUGUUAGAAUUUUGAAAGUUGAUGAAGGACCUGCUAUGACAUUAGUUACUAUGGAAUUAUGUGGUAAUUCAUUACAAAAUAUACUUGAACAAAAUCCUAUCAGAAGCGAACAAAGGAUUUUUAUUUGGAUAUCAAUAGCAGAGGCAUUGAAAUACUGUCAUAAAAUGGGUGUUGUACAUGCUGACGUGAAACCCAAAAAUGUCUUAAUGGGUUCAGAUAAUCAACCAAAACUAGCCGAUUUUGGAAGUGCUAUUUUCAUAGAAGAAACUGAAACCACUUCAGUUUUUCAUGGAACUCCAGGAUAUGCUGCUCCCGAAGUUGUUCGGGGUAAUAUUCCUACACCUUCAUCUGAUAUAUAUUCGUUGGGGGUUUUAGCUUGGCAAAUGCUUUCAAGAACUCCUCCAUUUUCAGGUUUGCACAAGCAUACAAUUUUAUAUCUUACAGGCAAAGGUAUAACUCCAUCAGAUUGUGAUUUGAAUGAUGACUUUCAAGGGGAGUAUAAAGAUUUGUACAGAAAAAGUUGGAAUAUGAGACCUGACGAUAGACCUAGUCUUUUACAGAUUAUUAAAGAACUAAACUGGUUAGAAAAGUAAUAAUAUUAUUAUAGACCUUAGAGCAAAUUUUAUUUAAUUCUUAAAUGUAUUAUUUUUAAUAUUAAUAAGUAUAAAAAUAGUUUAUGAUGAUCCCAUGAAGUUUUUACGUGUCCGGCAUAUCUCCACCAGGUACAAGCUGUAAAAAAUAAACAUAAUUGUGAAUUGAAUUGUUAAUAAAAUGUUAAUAAAAAUGUAUACACUGUACCAUAUUUUAUACAAAUGAUAUACAAUGAACAUUUAGAAAAAGAGAAAUAAAGAAUGAUUAGACAUUACCA